GGGCAACGGUCGAAGGUUUCAGUCAAGGUUGAUUUAACCGGAAUGCCAGAAAUCCCAUGUUGGCAACAACGCAUGAAAAUUUGGUUAAUCACCAAGGGCCUGCUCUCGGUAAUUAUGACGGUGUGUCCCCCCGUUGUUGAAUCGGAUCCCAAAAGUCUUGAACGCCAAGCUUCAUGGCGUGAGAGGGAUGAAAUUGCAAAAGGCGUGAUUUUGUUGGGUCUCUCCAACAUGUUAUUUGAUGUCUAUUGCACCCUCCAUGGCACGACUAAGGACCUUUGGGAUGAGUUGGAUAGGAAAUAUAAUACUGAGGACCACGGUCUUGAAAAGUAUAUUGUUUCUAAAUUCCUACGAUUUGACAUGAAAGAAGGUAAAUAAGUGUUAGAACAGACACAAGAAUUUGAGCUUAUCGUACAUUCUCUUCGUGAAGCGGAUAUGAAAUUGCCUGAAAAAUUUAAAGUGAUGUCGGUCAUAGAAAAAUUUCCCAAAUCAUGGGAAGAUUUUGGUAUGACUUUAAAACAUAAAAUGAAAAAGAUCACUUGGAAAUCUUUGAUGCAUUCCAUUAAUGUUGAGGAGGAACAUAAGAAAGCGGGUUAUGUUGCGUCGGUUGAAUUUCAGCCAAAGGCUCAUGUGUUGACCGGGGGAAAACAAUCACAAAAUUCUACAAAUAAACAACCAUCAUCUUUUAAACCAAUAAAGGCCAAACUAAAAAUUAUAAAGAAACCAAAGGCAAUCCGUCCAUGCUGGAAUUGUGGACAGAUGAGGCAUUUGGCCAAAUUGUGCCCAAAUAAAAAGGCUAAGGCUCAAUCUGUUGGAUCUCAUGUCAACAUGGUGACUGGAGUAACUAGUUCCGAUGGUGAUGAUGGGGAACACAAGUGCUGCAAGUGUGCAAGGAAUUGGAAAAGUAGAAAUAAAAUUUCCUUCCGGGAAAAUUAUGUCCUUGCAUGGGGUCAUCACGUUCCCGAAAUUAGAAGGAACAUUGUUAGUGGUUCCAUUCUUGUUAGGGAGGGUUAUGAAUUGUCCUUUAAAUUAAAUAAAGUUGUAAUUUAAUUUGGGGAACUUUUAUUGGCAAGGGUUACUUGUCGGAUGGACUUUUUAAGAUUGUGGUUGAUUAUUUUGAAUUGAAUUAUGUAUCUGAGAAUUGUGAUUCUUCUUGUUU